AUGGCAGAGAAGCGACGCUCUUCGUGCAAUCUGAGCGUCAAGGCGCACGCGUUCUCGGUGGAAGCUCUCAUCGGGGCAGAGAAGAGACGGAAGCUCGGGGACGACGAUACCGGGGUGUGCUGUCUUGAUGAGUGGACCGAAGUGUUGGAACUUCCCGCUAACGGAGGGGAGAGAGAGAAGAGGGUGUACGACCGCGCCAUCGACCGGGGCAGCGAGAUAGAGUGUGCUAGUGACGGCUCGCCGGAGAGUUUUGACGUGGUGUUGGAAAGCCCGCGCCCCGACGCCCAGGCCCAGCACACGCCGCCGGUAACAGUAACGGUUCCCGGAGAGGAGAUGCGCGUGGACUUGCAGGGCUCCGACCUGUGGAAACGGUUUCACGAGAUUGGUACGGAGAUGAUCAUCACGAAGGCCGGCAGGCGGAUGUUCCCCGCUAUGCGUGUGAAGAUCUCGGGACUGGACCCCCACCGGCAGUACUACAUCGCCAUGGAUAUCAUCCCCGUGGACAACAAAAGAUACAGGUACGUGUACCACAGCUCCAAGUGGAUGGUGGCGGGAAACGCGGAUUCCCCGGUUCCACCACGUGUGUACAUUCACCCGGACUCGCCGGCUUCUGGUGAGACGUGGAUGCGUCAGGUGAUCAGCUUCGACAAACUCAAACUGACCAAUAAUGAGCUGGAUGACCAGGGGCAUAUCAUUCUCCACUCCAUGCAUAAGUACCAGCCGCGUGUGCAUGUGAUUCAGAAGAAGCGUGGCGAGGAUCUGUCUCCUGUUAGAGCCGUUCCCCAGGGAGACGGCACCAGAACACUCAGCUUCCCAGAGACCGCCUUCACCACUGUCACCGCAUACCAGAACCAACAGAUCACCAAGCUGAAGAUUGACAGGAACCCAUUUGCCAAAGGCUUCAGAGACUCCGGAAGAAACCGGUGA